GUGACACAUGGAAAUCAAACCGUUCAUUUCACCAUCUUCAUUUCUCCACUUGGUUUAAUAUCUAUUCUUUCCCUUCUGAACCAAAGGCACCACAUACACUCCAACAAAGAUUUGUUACAUUGCAAACUAAAACCUCCUCCACUGUCUUUUCUCUGUAAGCCUGUUCAAAAUGAUCAAGAAGUUUGAGCUGGUUUUCUUCCCGAUGCCGGGGAUGGGUCACCUUGUAUCCACGGUGGAGAUGGCUAAUAUUCUUGUCACUCGAGAUCCUCGUCUCACCGUUGCAGUUCUUGCCAUUAAGCUAUCCAUUGAUGCCAAAGCUAAUGAAUAUAUUCAAUCCCUUUCUGAGUCACUUUCCAACAACACAUCUAUUCGUAUCAUUGUCCUUCCUGAAUUACCUGCUAUCCCAAAAGAUGGGAACCAUUUUUUCCUUGAAGUUCUUGAAAUCUACACACCCCAUGUCAAACAAGCUCUUAUCUCCUCUCUUACUACCUCCACCACCCACCUUGCUGGAUUUGUGUUGGACAUGUUCUGCACAACCAUGGUUGAUAUAGCUAAUGAAUUUCGGGUCCCUUCUUAUGUAUAUUACACUUGUAGUGCUGCCUCUCUUGCUAUUAGUUUUCAUCUUGAACAACUUUACACACAAAAUAAUAGUAGUAAUGAGGUAAUCCAACAAUUGAAGGAUUCAGAUGUUAAUUCGAGUGUAUCAGGCUUAGUGAAUCAAGUUCCAAGUAAAGUCAUUCCUGGUAUCUUUUUUAUUAACAAUUUUGCUGUUUCGUUUCAUGAACAAACUAAAAGAAUGAGAUCUGAAGUAAAAGGUAUUCUCAUCAAUACAUUUGAGGAAAUGGAAUCACAUGUGAUAUGUUCAUUGUCAACUGACUCCACUUUGCAACUCCCACCUUUGUAUUCUGUUGGACCUGUUUUGCACUUGAAUAAACCUAUUGAGACAAUGGAUGGUGGAGAUGUGUUGAAGUGGCUUGAUGAUCAACCUCCAUCAUCGGUGGUGUUCUUGUGCUUUGGAAGCAGGGGAUCAUUCGGGAAGGAUCAGGUGGAGGAGAUUGCACGAGCGCUUGAGCGAAGUAGGGUCCGUUUUGUUUGGGCCCUUCGGCGACCGUCAUCAGAGGGUGCGCUUCAAUCGGCAAUCGACUAUACAAACUUCGAAGACAUCUUACCUGAGGGAUUUCUCAAUCGGACAGUAAAUGUUGGGAGGGUCAUCGGCUGGGCACCGCAAGUGGAGGUAUUAGCCCAUCCAGCCACAGGUGGAUUCGUGUCGCAUUGUGGUUGGAACUCGAUAUGGGAGAGUUUGUGGCAUGGCGUGCCGAUGGCAACAUGGCCACUGUAUGCAGAACAAAAAUUCAAUGCAUUUGAAAUGAUUGUAGAAUUGGAAUUGGCUGUGGAGAUCACUAUAGACUAUCAAAACGAAUUUCAAGAACAUGACAAGCCAAAAAUAGUGAGCGCAGAAGAGAUCGAAAGAGGGAUCAAAAAGUUGAUGGACAAUGACAAUAACGAGAUUAGGAAGAAAGUGAAAACAAAAAGUGAAGAAGGUAGAAAAAGUGUAAUAGAAGGUGGAUCCUCCUUCAUUUCAUUGGGCAAAUUUAUAGAUGACGUUUUGGCCAACUCGCUACAAGGAAGAAACUAAGGAUGCAGGGCUAGACAUUUUAUCUAUAUGCAAUCUACCCAAUUAUCCCUUCAAGGACCAUUUGACACGUAGAGUUUGAGUUAAGUUAGUAAUUAUUGUUGGAGUGUUAUAGGACCUCUGGAGUUAAAAUUGUUUGUGUUUCGAAUGCAAAUUUCUAAGUUGAGUUGAGGUAUUUGGUGCACUUAUUCUAAAUGAAAUCGAUUUCGUAGUGG